UACAUUACACAAUUCCGAGGUGUAAAUAAAGUACGUCGUUAACGGCGGAUGGGUUUGAUCUUUUUUUCCCAGCAGGCUGUUCGGCCUAUAAGAAGGCGAGGCAGCGCUGUAGAGUCAGAAGUGAGCAGAUUUAACGUGGAGCUUUGAGUUACUGCGUGUGUGUGUGUAUGGAGCUGCAAAACUUUAGAUAACGUCUCAGUUUGUUUCCCAACACUUCGUGUGAACGCUUUAAGUGACCCACAGUGCUGUCCUCAGUUUGUCUGAGGAAACUAUAACGAUGGCAAACAUGGCCGAGGCCUCAAACAGCAGCAAGAGUGAGUCGUAUAGUGUACUUACCUGGGAGCAGGUGAGCCGACUGCACGAGGUGCUGAGUGAACCGGUACCGAUUCACGGCCGGGGAAACUUCCCCACACUGGAGGUGCGACUGAAGGACAUUGUGCAGAAGGUGCGCAACCGGCUUGAGCAGAGUGGCAUAAAAGUCAAUGACAUUCGCUUAAACGGGUCCACUGCCAGCCACGUCCUGGUGAAGGACAUUGGCUGGAGCUACAAAGAUCUGGAUGUCAUCUUCAGAGUUGAUCUCCCGCAGGAGACAGAGUUCCAGCUCAUCAAAGAUGUGGUGCUGAGCACUUUGUUGGACUUCCUGCCCGAAGGGGUUAACAAGGAGAAGAUCACACACAUGACGCUGAAGGAGGCCUAUGUGCAGAAACUGGUUAAAGUGUACAUGGAACAGGACCGCUGGUCUCUUAUCUCCCUGUCCAAUAAUAACGGACGCAACGUGGAGCUUAAGUUUGUGGAUUCGAUUCGCAGACAGUUUGAGUUUAGCGUGGACUCCUUCCAGAUAAUUUUGGAUUCUGUGCUGUCUUAUUACGACUCAGAAAAGCCUAUGACUCAGCAUUUCUACCCUACUGUGACUGGGGAGAGUAUGUAUGGUGACUUUGCUGUGGCACUAGACCACCUCAGGAACAAGCUGAUUGCCACCAAAAGGCCAGAGGAAAUCCGUGGAGGUGGCUUGCUGAAAUAUUGUAACCUUCUAGUGAGAGACUUCAGGCCCACAGAUAAGGAGGAGUUCAAAGCAUUAGAGCGCUAUAUGUGCUCUCGCUUCUUCAUUGAUUUUCCUGACAUCGGCGAGCAGCAGCGGAAACUUGAGGCCUACCUGCAGAGUCAUUUCGUGGGUGAGGAGAAAAGCAAGUAUGACUACCUCAUGAUCCUGCGACGGGUCGUGAACGAGAGCACAGUCUGCCUCAUGGGACAUGAGAGGAGGCAGACACUUAACCUCAUCUCACUCACAGCUUUCCGGGUGCUUGCGGAGCAGAACGUCAUACCAGAUGCCACUAACGUGACCUGUUACUACCAGCCAGCACCUUAUGUCCGAGACCUGAACUUCAGUAACUACUAUGUGGCGUCUUGUAACCAGUCCAUUCCAACAUGGCUGCCGUGUAAAUAAGACUCUAAACAUAUGGUUUAUUAAUGAAGGGGAAAAAAAAAUCAAAAAAACAACUGUUUGGCCAUGAGUGGUAUUUUUCUGUGUGGGCAUAAAGAUAUUUAAGAGGACAAGCAUUCGGGUCUAUAUUUGUGGGGUUUUUUUUUUAUUUUUUUUUCUUCUUUUCUUUUCUUGCUAAAUUCAUGUCAAUGUUUCGAGACCUUUUGGAGUCUAAGUAAUAUAUAUCUAUAUUUUUAGAGAUUGGAAUUUCUAUAUUGGUGGGGAAAGAUCAAAUGCUCCUUUAAAUUUGUUUCUCAGAUUGUUUUUGUUGCCCGUGUCCCUUAUCUGAGCAAUGACGUUUUUGCAACUUGAAAUUUUUAUUGUGCCUUAUUCCUCCCUAAUGUAUUAUAGACUUUUGUCUUUAAGGGAGGGAAAGAUUUCUCAAAAGACAGUUUUGAUGCUUCUUGCUAUAAAACACAGAAAAUGUAGAAAAAAACACAAAAUUUUGUUAUAUAUAUAAAUUUGGAAAAAAGAAUUUGGGUGACACAAAAAAAGUAAGCACGGACUUAAACAGGAAAUUCCAGUGUGCAAUGAGGAGGGAUUUCCCCCUUUUUUUUUUUUUUUUUUUUUUUUUUUUUUUUUUUUUUAAAAACUAUGAGCUGCUAAUAUCCUUAAGAGCUUUCAGCUUGAGCAUUUUAACUUCCUCAGCUAAUGAUAACCAGGGUUAUUGUGAGGUAAAGGACACUGCACGUUUUUUCUAGACAGAGGUGGUGAACAUAUAGUUUACGUAGCAUUUGUUUUGGGGUGUGCUACAGCUGUGUACAUUGUUUGCAUGCAAAAAUAUCUUUAGUAUUCCACUACAAACUUCAGAAAGUUCUCUCGGUACAGCUGAUUCCAGAUUUCCAACCCGUUUAGGACAAAUAAGUCAUGUAGCCUAAUGCUUUGUUAAGGACAACAGUGCAAGUUUUCAAAAACUAACUUGUCAUCGUUCUGUGAUUUAAUCUGGGUAAUGCAGAGUUGGCUGCCGGUGAGAGGACAGGAUAGCCUUUGAGUGACUUAUGCAUGGAAUUGAAUUUGAAAUGAGUGUACAUGUGAGAAGGAGCAUGACGGUGAGGUUGUCCCUUUUCCUUAAAAGGAUAAAGUGUUGGGUGUCCAGUGCGCUUGAGUCUAUAGUGAUCCUUAGCAGGCUUUGCAUUGCUGUGUAACAAGACUCCAAACUGGUGUCGCACCGCUCUAAAAUUAUCCUAAGAGGUGCAGGGCAGAAUAUGUCUUCGCUGGAGGGAGGUGGGCAGGGUUUUCUGCUGUGACAAACACCUUACAUGUGCUUCUGCUGCUCUUGCUCUUGUAUGGAUCCCAUGCUGAACCCUUUUGUGGUCAUUGGAGCAGGGCCCCAUUCACAGAAACAUUACAGUGGCUUUUGGUAGAUUCCAGUUAUGGAUUUUUAAACCUCUGGUAUGGUUAAUGUUGCAUGCCCCCAAUGUUAAAACCUAUGCACCUCAAUGUCUGGUGUGUUUUAACACCACAUAAUCUGUGUGAAAAACCUUUCAUUCUGAACUAACAGCUGUUUCUGAUUUUCUUUACGAAGUCUCUCCUUCUGCUUACUCUGCAUCUGCACGCAGCUUUUUCAGGUCCGCACACACAAAGUGGAUGACCUGGAGAGCCACGAUCAGCCUCUUAUCUGCUUCUCACACACAGACUUUGGAGGGAGGUGGGAAAGGGUCACUGCAGCCUCUGACAAUUGUGGUCACACUCUGGGUCAGGUCUUAUCAAAUUUUUGUAGGCAGGCUGUGGU